UUUACUGAGAAAGUCCAAGGGGGUAAAGAAUACAUAAAUAAAAUAAGCUGAUGCCCGGCAGGAAUAACUUUAAGAAUUGUUUUAACAACGGUGCUGGAAAUAUUUACAUUCACAGCAAUGUAAUAUUUCAGCAUAUAUUUACUUAAACACAUAUAUUGAAAACGUCAACUGUGUUUUAAAUCGUUUUACUAUUGAUAUACAACAAGCAUUACAUUGUAGUGAAAGUUGAAUGUUACUUUGACUCAGCUGUACGACUACUCUAAUUGAGCGACGGAUUGCAGUGACACUCGUGGAUUGGCUAGUUGUUUUUAUCGGUAACUUACUGAGCCGAGACUGAAGGUUAAAGAACGAAGGUGUGGGUUGGACUGUUACUCUUACUGCAAUGAACCAAGUAGUAAGGGCCGUUUAUUGGGGCGCAUUGGCUAUGACAUGCCUAGUGGCAGUACUGCUUGUGAGAACGUACACUUUUGACGAUGGCUCCCACUUGUUUGCUGGGUCCUGGGAGCCCGGAGUACAGAUUGAUGUCAGUUUCAGUGAUCAGGAGAGGCGAGUCUUGCUAGAAGAAUUCAAAGAUGCAAUCAGGAUUCCUACUGUUUCUUUCUCACAGACCAAGGCAAAUACAACAGCAUUGCAAGAAUUUGGUGACUACAUUCGUAAAGUUUUUCCUGCAGUGCAUUCCUCCCACCUGGUGCACUAUGAGGUGAUUGAGAAAUACAGUCACCUGUUCACCAUCUCCGGUUCUAAUCGUGCUCUUCAACCUUACAUGUUGCUAGCUCACUUGGAUGUCGUCCCUGCCACAGACGAAGACUGGGAUGUCCCUCCAUUCUCUGGAGAAGAGGUGAAUGGUUUCAUCUAUGGACGGGGAACGGUGGAUGAUAAGCAUUGUUUGAUGGGCAUCCUUCAAGCUCUUGAGUAUCUCUUACAAAGAGGAUAUGAACCACGCAGAUCCUUUUAUAUUGGCAUUGGACAUGAUGAAGAGAUACAAGGUUUGGUUGGAGCCAAGAAUAUUGCAUCUACUCUGCAAGCCCGAGGCGUUUCAUUAUCCUUCCUACUGGAUGAAGGCAUGAUGAUUUUCGAAGAUGUCAUUAGUGGGAUUAAAAAGCCAACAGCACUCAUAGGCACCAGUGAGAAAGGAUACAUUGCUUUAGCUCUGAGUGUGAAAACCAAGCCAGGACACUCUUCCUUCCCCCCACCAGUGACGUGCAUUGGAAUUCUGGCAGAGGCAGUAAGCAGGCUGGAGAGAACUCCUUUACCAUCCAUGUUUGGUCGUGGGGCUGAGCUGGGAACCUUUGAACAUUUAGCAACACAGUUCAGUUUUCCUUUGAAUGUGGUAAUGACCAACCUCUGGCUGUUCAGUUCACUCGUUAGUAGAAUACUUGAAAGAAAGCCUGCAACUAAUGCACUUAUUCGAACUACAACUGCACUUACCAUGUUUGAGUCUGGGAUUAAGACCAAUGUACUUCCACCUUCAGCAAAAGCCAUUGUGAAUCUCCGUGUACACCCUGCACAGACUGUAAAAGAGGUUCUGCAUUUGGUGCAGAGUAUUGUGGCAGACGAAAGGGUUAAAGUGGAAAUUGAAGACGCAUAUAAUCCCAUUCCCAGCAGCUCUUACAGUACUGAUGCGUUUGGCUUCCAAACUGUGAAGAAAACAAUCAAAGAUAUUUUCCCAGAUGUCUUGGUUGCUCCAGGUCUUUUUAUUGGAGCUUCAGACAGCAAACAUUUCCAGAACCUCACAAAAGAUAUAUACCGCUUUGCACCUGUCCUGUUCAAACCAGAGGAUCUUAGCAGAUUUCAUGGGCUGAACGAAAGGAUCUCCAUAACGGGUUAUGAAGAUGUUGUCAAGUUUUAUAUCCACUUGAUUCAGAAUGCUGAUGCAGACAAACUCCCAGGCCUCCACAAACAGUCUCAUGAAUUGUGAUGAGUAAGAGGUGAAGGAAAAUGCAUCGAUGUGAGCUAUGCAGCAGACUGGAGUGAUGUUCACAGAUGAUUUUUAUCACAUCUGGGGAAAUGAAAGGAACUUGCUUGUUGCCAGGGAACAUUUGUUUCAACUGAAAUACUGCCAUUGACAAUAAGUAGCACUUUGCUUGGAAACAGAAAAGGAGUAACAGAAAUUCUCAGUUUGAUUUCAUAGUGAUGAAUAAUACCACAAAAAUUCCAAAGGCUCCUGCUGAGUUCUUUGAUCACAUUAUUACUUAUUUAAAAUAGUUUAGUUACUCUUUUAAAAAGUUAUGUCUGAUAAGCCUCCCCCAGCCCCAUGUUAAAGUUUGUGCAUGUAAUAGUCUCUAGGUUUUGUUUUUUUUUUUCUUUUUUUUUCCACACAUUAGCAUUAACAGACAAUAAAGAAACACUGGUGAUUCAGAAGGAAAGCAAAUAACACACUGGAAGUGAAAUGAACCAUUUUUUUUGUUGUUUGUUUGUUUUUUCUCUGCUGUGCUAACAGUACAGACAUGUGAGUAGAUGAUGUGAGUUUUUUUUUAAUCUCCUUUUUGGGCCUCAGUGGCACUAGAAGACCUACGGUCAGAAAUGUCAUUAAUUCAGAUGGGGACUAGCAUGCUUCUGUCCUGCCAUUUAUUUAUUUGAAAGAACUGAACUAAACCAUUUUUUUCUUCUGUACUGCUAAUAGAAAACAUACUGAAGUAUGAAAUGUGAUUCUAACUCAUUUUUGGACCCCAGUAGCAUUGUGACCAUCGCUUGCAUCAGACAGUAUUCCUCUGGUCCACAAAUCCAGUUUGCAUCCUAGACCAUGGCCAUCCUUCAGGAAGGUGGAACUUAGAAUGAAGACUUCUCAUUCCAUGGGCUAGACAUUGAGAUCAAAGUAUAAUAGUGGUGAUGGAGUAUUGUCCUUCAUAACUAUUGGAAUUUUCUGUGCCAUGCCUACAUCCCUCCCCAUUAGCUUGCAAGUAUGGUGCUUUGCCAUUUAUGAUUAGGCUACAAUGGAUAUGUAUUUCUGCUAACUCAGGACACAGUUGCAGACACUCCUUAGGAGGAUUAUGCUUCUGAGUCCCUGUACUAAUGAAGCUUAUUUCUGUGGAGAGGGAAUCUUCAAAAGGGUUCUCCAGUAGCAGGACUUAACCAGCUUCCUCUUCACAAGAUGGAAACCGCCAGUGUUCCUCACUCAUUCCCAUCCCUCCUCAACUAGUUCCUUCAUACCCAAUCUGCUAAUCAAAUGUAGGUCACAUUGUCUACCUUGGGAGCUUUGGGAGUUUUUGGUUCUACAAAAUGUAAUUGUACCAAAUUUCAAGAGAACCAAUUAGUUGUCAUCAUUAUAUGUUAAAUCUGAAAGACUUUACUAGUCUGCAAACUGAUUAGUAUUUCAUGGUUAACUAGAUUUAGUGCUUUAAUGGCACCAUGUUUUUUCACUGUGACCAAAAAUGGCAGACUAGAUAGGAAAGCUGUGUCGUUAAAGUUUUCAUCCGGAUUAAAGAAAGCUUUGAUGAA